AUGGUGACUGGCAAUGAUUGGGGAACUGCGAAGUCCAUUGCCAAGGAGGUCAGGAUCGAAAAAGUUUAUGCUGAAGCAAAGCCUGACCAAAAAGCACAGAAAAUAAAGGAAUUGCAGAAUUCGGGUUUUAUUAUUGGUAAACCGGCAGUCGUCAUCACAAAGGUUCUGAAAAGGGUUCAUGAUUUUCUUGAACUGGUUGCUGCAACUGAGGUUAAUAUUGAGCACCCUUUAGCAAAGGAGAUUGUUGACUAUUCCAAGAAAUACAAAGGAGAAGAGGAAAAUCAAGUGUGGGCAGAAACACAUGAAUUUGAAUCCAUUACUGGGCAUGUUGUGAAAGCCAUUGUUAAAGGCAAACAAAUACUUGUGGGGAAUAAAAGUUUUUUGCAAAAUUCUAGUAUCUCAGUCCUAGCUGAUGCUGAAGAGUUUCUUGUAGAAACUGAAGAGUUGGCACAAACCGGAAUUCUGGUAUCAAUAAAUGAACAGGUGGUUGGGGUCCUAACCAUAUCAGAUCCGUUAAAGCACGGUUCUUGGGAGGCCAUCUCCAUUCUCAAGUCCAUGAACAUUAAAAGCAUUAUGGUGACUGGCGAUAAUAGGGGAACUGCGAAGUCCAUUGCCAAGGAGGACGGGAUCAAAAAAUUUUAUGCUGAAGCAAAGCCUGACCAAAAAGCACAAAAAAUAAAGGAGUUGCAGAAUUCGGGUUUUACCGUGGCAAUAGUUGGAGAUGGCAUAAAUGAUUCGCCGACACUGGUAGCUGCUGAUGUUGGAAUGGCAAUAGGUGAUGGCACAGAUAUUGCCAUUGAAGCAGCCGACAUCGUUCUAAUGAAGAACAACUUAGAAGACGUAAUAACUGUAAUCGACCUUUCCACGAAAACAUUUUCUCGUAUUCGUCGAAACUACAUCUGGGCUUUAGGUUAUAACAUCCUCGGCAUUCCAAUUUCUGCCGAGGUUCUUUUCCCAUCCACUAGAUUCCGUCUACCACCUUGGGUAGCUAGUGCUGUAAUGGUUUCUUCUUCGGUUAGUGUUGUUUGUUGUUCACUCCUAUUGAAGUACUAUAAAAGACCCAAGAAAUUAGAAACUCUUGAAAUUAGAGAGAUUCAAUCAACCGCUUGGAAGUUGGCAGAAAUUAGUGGGAAGGGAGAAAAGACCAUCAUUGGAGGUGAUGACUUAGCUGCAGAUGUGAAUGAAUUAGGUCUGGCAGACAAGUUCAGUCACAUCUCACUCGGAGGAGAUGCCUAUAAGGCUCUUCUAGAAGGCAAGCCACUCCCCGGAGUUCUCACUCUGGAUGAUGAUUCUUCUGCUUGA